AUGUUUAGAAAUUAUAAUCAAAUUAAUAUCACUCAAGGCAUCGGGCCUGAAAGUAUAGCUUUUGAUUGUAAAGGCGAAGGUCCUUAUGUUGGAGUAUCCGAUGGAAGAAUACUUAAAUGGGAAGGACCGAAAUUCGGUUGGAAAGAGUUUGCUGUCCCUUCUUCAUUUAGGAAAUUAUGCGAUGGCUCAACAGAUCCGAAUCUUGAACCAAUAUGUGGAAGGCCAUUAGGUUUAAAAUUCCACAUUGAAACAUGUCAUCUUUACAUUGCCGAUGCGUACCAUGGUCUUUUAGAAGUAGGACCUUACGGUGGCGUGGCUGAAAAACUUGCUACUUCAGCUGAAGGAGUUCCGUUUAAAUUCACAAACGGAUUAGAUAUUGAUACUAAGACUGGAAUGGUCUAUUUUACUAAUAGUAGUACCGUCAUUCAAAGAAGGAACGUUGAUUCUUUGUUAAGGUCCCUCGAUCAAACAGGAAGGCUGCUAAAGUACAAACCUUACACCAAAGAAGUAUCUGUGAUAUAUAAAGGUUUAGUUUUUCCUAAUGGGGUCGCCUUGAGUAAGAACAAUUCAUUCCUUUUAGUGGCCGAAUCAACUAGAAUGCGAAUUUUGAAAUUUAAUCUCGAGAGUGGAGCAAAAGCUAAAAACAUGUCAAAAGCAUUUGCUGACCCAGAAGUAUUUGCCGUAUUACCUAGAGUGCCGGAUAACAUCAAGAGAAAUAAAGACGGUGACUUUUGGGUGGCUUUAAAUACCGGAAGAUCAGAAAGUAUUCAAUCGGAUGCUCCAGAUCCGAUCGGUAUCAAGUAUAAUGAAGAAGGCAGAGUUCUGAAACGUUUAGAUGGACACAAUGGAAUGAUCUUCAACUCUAUUAGUGAAGUUAAAGAGUAUAACCAUAGAUUAUAUAUAGGUUCUGUCACUAAACCUUAUGUCAGCAUCCUAAAUGACUAUUAG